AGAAGAGGGAAGGCGGCGGCAGAGGCAGACAUGGAACAUCAGCUGCUCUGCUGUGAAGUGGAGACCAUCAGGAGAGCCUACCUGGACGCCAACCUCCUCAACGACAGGGUCCUGCAGACCAUGCUGAAAGCCGAGGAGACCUGCUCGCCCUCGGUCUCCUACUUCAAGUGCGUGCAGAAGGAGAUCUUGCCAUAUAUGAGGAAGAUCGUGGCCACUUGGAUGCUGGAGGUUUGCGAGGAACAGAAAUGUGAAGAGGAGGUCUUCCCUUUGGCUAUGAAUUAUUUGGACCGGUAUCUCUCCUUUGAACCCCUCAAGAAAAGCCGUUUGCAACUUCUGGGAGCUACCUGUAUGUUUGUGGCUUCGAAAAUGAAGGAGACUAUUCCUCUAACUGCAGAAAAGUUGUGCAUUUACACUGACAACUCCAUUAGACCCAACGAAUUACUGCAAAUGGAACUGCUUCUGGUGAAUAAGCUGAAAUGGAAUCUGGCGGCAAUGACCCCUCACGAUUUUAUUGAACAUUUUCUAGCUAAAAUGCCUGUGGCAGAGGACAGCAAGCAGAUCAUCCGUAAACACGCCCAGACUUUUGUGGCUCUAUGCGCUACAGAUGUUAAGUUUAUUUCAAACCCACCUUCCAUGAUUGCUGCUGGUAGCGUGGUCGCAGCUGUGCAAGGCCUCCACCUUGGAAACACGAACACUUUCCUCUCAUAUCAGUGUCUCACACAUUUCCUAUCAAAAGUUAUCAAAUGUGAUCCGGAUUGUUUACGAGCCUGCCAGGAACAGAUAGAAUCGCUCCUGGAAUCUAGCCUACGCCAGGCACAGCAGCACAACGUAUCUUCAGAAACAAAGACUGUUGAAGAUGAAGCAGACCUGUCCUGCACACCCACUGAUGUUAGAGAUGUGAAUAUUUAAGAGGACUUCGGCAAUUGGGGUUUGCUUUGCAGCAUCAGCAAACAAAGAAAGGGCAUCUGAGAAGGAGUUGGAAUCAGGAUCUUGUCCCCCCAGAAACCCUUUUCUCCAGGACUUUUUUAUACCAGAAGGGAAAAUGUCAUUCAUUAUUUUCUUCAUUAUUCCUUCCUUCCUUUUGUGACUUUUAACAGACAACCCCAGCUCCCCCCCCAACUGUCUUAAAAAGAAAACCAUAGUAUUUGCAUGAUCUCUAGGGGUUUGCGCUACAAAAAUAGAGGAUUUUAUACAAUAAUAAUCAACUAGUUUUUUUUAUAUUAAAGUGUUUUUGUCUGUAUGUUGUAAAAAUAGGCAUUAACACGCGCGCACACACACACACACAAUGUCUCCAGGGGAGGUAUUAGAUUUGAUUGUUGCAUAUUAAAAAAGCCAACCAUUUUUAAAGUAGAAGAGGGUGUUUUUUUAGAUAGAUUACGUAUGUUUUUGGGGUUUUUUUCCUUUAAAAAGCAUAGCUUUAAUGCAGUUCUAGGCUUUUCUGUAUCUUGCUUGCUUAUGCAUUUAGUCACUUUAUAAUUCAUCUGUAAAUGUUAUUUUAUUCCCUUAGGUUUUAUCCUCUUCACCUUAUAAAUGGUUAAUGUAACCUUUACGUUAGUAUAUGUUAGCAUACGGCAUAAUUAUAUGUUAAUCUCUGUGCCUGUGGAUUACCUGUGCAUAAGGCUUCUCUGGCUCCAGCUCACCAUAGCCAGGGACAGACCGAACAUCCCAUUCCAAGUAAUAAAGAGAAAUCACAAUAGUGACGUAAUAUAUUUUUGUAAGCUUCCUAUUUUUGUAGUGACCUGUGUAAAAAAAAAGAAGAAAUGCUGGUUUUUACCCAAAAGAAUACGCAGCCUAAUUAUGUCCAGGUUGAAUCCACAGUUUAUCCUUUUAUUAUUGUUUUAAAACCAUUCCAUUUCAAAGCACUUUCAGUUCAUUAGGUAUAGGAAAUACUUUCGUUUUUAUUGUGUGGGAAUUUUUUUUUCAAAUGGAAUGGUUUGGAAAUUAUAUAUAUAAAUAUAAAUAUAUAUAUAUAAAGUGCUUGUGUGCAAACUUGGAAUUGCAAAGCAAGUGCAUUUAACUAUGGUGUUGAGGAAAGGUGGGUUUUUUUUCUGAAGGUUGUGUUCCAGUGAGAAAAUACACAUUCGCAAAAUUGCCAGGAUAUCUUCCUAACCUUUUCAGUAGAAAAGAUGCUUAGAAAUCUUUUGGUGCCAACUCAGUUUUUUUAAGUCUAAAUUUAGGGGCCCGAAAGGUUUACCUAUAGGACACAUAUAUUGAGAAUUGUCUCUAGAUGUUGUACAACUGAAGGCUUUUAAACACUAAAAUAUAUAAUUUAUAGUUAAGGCUAAAAAGAAUAUUUAUUGCAGAGGAUGUUCAGAAGGCCAGUAUAAUUUGUACGAUAAAUCACCCCCUUGAGUCUAAAAAAAUGAAAUCUUUCUGCCCUCGAUGUUGCAAUUUUAACACAUCUGACUCAAAACAAGGACAUUUCAAGAUACUU